GCAGCGCAGCGUGGCAUACCCAAAUGCCAAUAAAUUAGGCUACAGAAUAAAAACGAUAGGCACCAGAAUACACUGCAGGCUGCAGAGGCAUCCAAUUACGCGUCCCAAUUUCAUGAUAUCCCUCUUCAUUUCGGUUACAUUCUGGCUUCUCCUUUCGCCUUUGGGCAGGGAUGCAAUGCACGCACGUCCUGAGGCCCGGAUGCGGCGGGGCCUCACAUCAUUUCGAGGUGGCUUGAUGUAUCAGCUCAGCAUGCCGUGCGAUUAAAAGGGUUGCUUGACCGCUUAAUGUCGUGUUUAUCCUUUCAUUCUUCUCACCUCAUUCUUACGUUCUUUAUUUCGUACGCUUUCGGGUGAAUGAGUCGGUGACCAUGGCCCUGAAGCAGAAUGGAGGCGCUCAUUUGAGUAGCGAUAUUGACUUUAUCCCGACACCCAAAGCGCCCGCUGACGUACUCUCUACUGGCAAGAAUCCGGGCGUUCCUUUGACCAAUUCUCCCGCUAUUAAAAACGCUCCCCUCCCAGCCGACGGCCCCGGAUACGAACAAUGGUCCAACAUCUUCCUCGGUGUCGCUCUCUACGGCGUUCCCCAAUGGCUCUCAUGGAAACUCGGAGGCGGGUUUAAGCUUGCACUUUUCCUCGCCAUCUUCACCACUGUCCCUGUGCUAGUCGUCAUUUGGACUUUCAUGUCCAAAUUGAGCCCGCGAAUCAACGAUAAAGUCCAUUUGCCCGGCCGACCGAUCGAGUUCUAUCUCACUUUCAAAACCGACCAGCUUCGCGCGCGAUAUACAGGCCGGCAUAAAGUCCCCAUGAGUAAAUUUUUUGAGCUUUACUUCACAGGCCAGGUCGAUCUUAACGCCGACGCCCUCGAAGUAUUUGAGUAUCGACAUGAUUGGGCGACGUUUAAUUUCACCAGCGAGACGUUUAACUACAUUUUAUUCACUUUCUUCCCCGAUGUCAUUCUUCAUCUGCGCUCGCAGGAUGAAGAGCAAGUUCGCACGAAUUAUGACAGCGGAAACGACCAUUACGCUUGGUUCCUGGGCCCACGAAUGAUAUACACCUCCGGCAUAAUCUCAGACCCCGACCGCGAAGAAACACUUGAAGAAAUGCAAGACAACAAACUCGCUAUCGUCUGCGAAAAAGUCAACAUCAAGCCCGGCGACCGAGUUCUCGACAUUGGCUGCGGAUGGGGUACCUUGGCCAAAUUCGCGAGCUUGAACUACGGCGCCAACGUCACGGGUGUUACUCUCGCGAGGAAUCAAGUCCAGUGGGGAAACGAUGGGUUGAGAAAAGCGGGUGUGAGCGAGGAGCAGAGUAGACUUUUAUGCUGUGAUUAUCGUGAUAUUCCGGAGCAAAAGUUUGAUAAGAUCACGCAGCUUGAGAUGGCGGAGCAUGUUGGCGUGAGGCGGUUGACGGGGUUCUUUCGUCAGUGUUAUGAGAUGCUGGAGGAUGAUGGGGCCAUGUAUGUGCAGUUGUCGGGGUUGAGAAAGGCGUGGCAGUAUGAGGAUUUCAUUUGGGGCUUGUUCUUGAAUAAGUAUAUCUUCCCUGGGGCUGAUGCAUCGACGCCGUUGUCCUUUUACGUUGGAUGUCUUGAAAGCGCUGGAUUCGAGGUCAAGAGUGUUGACACUGUUGGCGUUCAUUACUCCGGAACACUAUGGCGAUGGUACAGAAACUGGCUUGGAAAUGCUGAAAAGGUCAAAGCCAAAUAUGGCGUACGGUGGUUCCGCAUCUGGGAGAUUUUCCUGGCUUAUUCCACCAUCGCAUCCCGUCAAGGUUCGGCUACGUGCUUCCAGAUUGUGGUUGUCAAAAACCUCAAUUCGACACAGCGCAUUAACGGUGUUUACUCUCAGUAUGGUUUGCAAGGAGCUCUUGAGGCGGCUCGAGCUGCUGGAAAGGCUGUUCUGCCUAAGUGAUGGACCUUGGUUGGAGGGGCGUGAACCUCGGUGGUAUGAAAACGCUUGCGGGUUGAUUUUUAGUUGGUAGCUGGGGUGAAUAUUUUAUGAAUGGUUUUGGCGGUGUUUCUUUACAUCUGUGAAUUCAGUAUGCCACUAGCUAAUGGAGGACCUGGUAGUUUGGAGAGUCAUCAUCUUGAUUUUAUAAUCUUUUAACGCCUCGACCCUGCACAUACAAUACGUGAGAAUACCGUGCAAACUGAGAGAGAUCAGAACGAAGUGAGAUAGCUAUCAUUCAACAAGGUUCAUAAGCCAUUAGCUGGUCGCAGCAUAGAGACCAACAACUCCUCCAGCGCCAAUAAGCACGGCCCUCACGAGGUUCAACCACCGGAACCUCUCCAGCAACUCACGGACCUUUUCAUCUUCCUCUACCGUGGACUCCCUCUCCGUUUGUUCCUGAGGACCGCUUAAGUCCGCGAACUCGAAUCCUUCAUCCGUUCCUUUAACAGACUCCCAAGCACUCCGGCCCGUGGAUGCGUCAUACUCAGACGCUUUUUCACUCCUCGUCCCACCAAGUUUAUUAUUCUCCUUGAUGAGCGUGAAGUUCGUAGGAAUCAUGAGUUGAGUAAACGGCGCGAUGUUAAAUGCUAGAGCCGCAGCGGUUAAGAAUGUAUUGGCUUUGACAGUGUUGGUUGAGACAGCGUAUAGAGGACCGGUGCCUGGGAAGUUACUAGAGGAUGCAGAGUAUAUAAAGCCAAUGGUUGAUAGAAGUGAGGCUGAUGGGAAUACGUGUGAUCCCCGACUGAACAGCCAUCCGAUAGAGGGUAGAGACCGAGAAGCAGGCUGAGAUUGUAGCUCUGGUACGUCGAAGAAUGUGAGGGUUGCGAUACCGCCCGAUGCCAUCAAGGCAGUGGAGAUAGAGAUGAUUUCAACUCUAGACAUUUUUGCUCAAACACUGGAUGAAAUAAGAAUUAAUAUUAAUUGAAUUGGCAUGGAUUGGAU